AAGAGACCAAGCAAGCACGAGAGAGAGCGUUCCCGCCCCCAGACAGCCGGUCGCCGUGGAGCAGGGACGACGAGGCGGAUCUUCAAGUAUCUUCAUUUUAGUUUUCUGUGCUGACCUUAUUCCUCCCUUAAGUUAUUAUAUACUUUUUUGCUGCUGUGUGGAAACAGAGAUGUCUCGCAGCCCAGAUGUGAAGGAAGACCCUGUGGAAUGCCCCCUUUGCAUGGAGCCUCUGGAGAUAGAUGAUAUAAACUUCUUCCCGUGCACCUGUGGUUACCAGAUCUGUCGCUUCUGUUGGCAUCGUAUUCGCACUGAUGAGAAUGGGCUUUGUCCUGCUUGCAGAAAGCCAUAUCCAGAAGAUCCAGCAGUGUAUAAACCACUCUCUCAAGAAGAGCUACAAAGGAUAAAAAAUGAAAAGAAACAGAAGCAAAAUGAGAGAAAACAGAAAAUAUCAGAGAAUCGUAAACAUCUGGCCAGUGUACGGGUUGUACAGAAGAAUCUUGUCUUUGUAGUAGGCUUAUCCCAGCGCCUAGCAGAUCCAGAGGUUUUGAAAAGGCCAGAAUAUUUUGGGAAAUUUGGUAAAAUACACAAAGUUGUAAUCAACAACAGCACAUCAUAUGCAGGCUCACAGGGUCCAAGUGCAAGUGCAUAUGUAACCUACAUCCGGUCAGAAGAUGCACUCAGAGCCAUACAGUGUGUCAAUAAUGUGGUGGUAGAUGGAAGAACGCUUAAGGCAUCUUUAGGUACCACAAAAUACUGCAGUUAUUUUCUGAAGAACAUGCAGUGUCCAAAACCAGACUGUAUGUAUCUACAUGAACUAGGGGACGAAGCGGCCAGUUUCACAAAAGAAGAGAUGCAGGCUGGCAAGCAUCAGGAAUAUGAACAGAAGUUACUCCAAGAACUGUACAAGUUAAACCCCAACUUCCUCCAGUUGUCUACAAAUGCAGUUGACAAGAAUAAGAACAAAGUGACUUCACUACAGAGGUAUGAUGUACCCAACAGUAAUAACAAAGAUGCCUGGCCAUCAUUACAGAGUUCAAGUAAAUCAGUCAACGGCUUAACAAUGGAACACAGGAAAACGCCACCUAUUUUAGAAAAUGGCACAGACCCAGAACACAUGACUCCAGAUGGUCCAGAUUCAGAUUUCGGCCCUGUCGACAAACCUUCAGAUUCUCUCAGUAUAGGAAACUGCGAUAAUUUACAACAGAUAUCAAAUAGUGACACACCUUCACCACCACCCGGUUUAUCAAAAUCCAAUUCGGUCAUCCCCAUCAGUUCAUCAAAUCACAGUGCACGGUCUCCGUUUGAAGGGGCUAUAACAGAGUCACAGUCUCUCUUCUCGGACAACUUCCGGCACCCCAACCCGAUUCCAAGUGGACUCCCCCCAUUUCCCAGCUCCCCACAGACUUCGAAUGACUGGCCCAUGGCACCAGAGCCACAGAGCCUCUUCACAUCAGAAACCAUCCCAGUAUCAUCCUCUACAGACUGGCAAGCGGCGUUUGGAUUUGGUUCUUCCAAACAGCAAGAAGAUGACUUGGGGUUUGAUCCCUUCGAUAUCACCCGCAAAGCCUUAGCAGACCUGAUCGAGAAGGAACUGUCGGUCCAAGACCAACCCUCCCUCUCGCCCACGUCUCUCCAGAACCCUUCCCCACACACUACAACCGCCAAAGGGUCAGGCUCUGGAUUUCUGCAUCCUGCUGCGCCUGCAAAUGCCAACUCUCUCAAUAGCACAUUUUCAGUCUUGCCACAGAGGUUCCCACAGUUUCAACAGCAUCGAGCAGUUUACAACUCCUUCAGCUUUCCAGGCCAAGCAGCUCGCUAUCCUUGGAUGGCCUUCCCACGUAAUAACAUCAUGCACUUGAACCACACGGGAAAUCCCCCUUCAAAUAGUAAUUUUUUGGACUUGAAUCUCCCACCACAACACAGCACAGGUCUAGGAGGGAUCCCUAUAGCAGACAACAACAGUUCUGUAGAGAGUUUAAAUAUGAAGGAAUGGCAGGACGGGCUAAGGGCACUUCUACCGAACAUUAACAUCAACUUUGGUGGACUGCCCAAUGCUACUUCCCCCUCCAACGCCAACCACAGUGUACCAACGUCCAACACUGCCACCACCGACAGCCUGAAUUGGGACAGCCCUGGCAGCUGGAUGGACCCCGCAAUCAUCACAGGUAUCCCAGCCUCCGCUGGAAACAGUUUAGACUCCAUUCAAGACGACAAUCCACCACACUGGCUAAAAUCUCUUCAGGCUCUCACAGAGAUGGAUGGCCCCAGUGCUGCCCCGACACAGACCCCCCACAGUAACCCCUUCAGCACACAGAUUCCUCUGCACAGAGCCAGUUGGAAUCCCUACUCACCUCCUUCAAACCCUGCCAGUUUCCACUCUCCUCCCCCUGGCUUUCAGACAGCUUUCAGACCCCCCAGCAAACCCCCCACAGAUCUACUACAGAGCUCAGCGCUGGAUCGUCAUUAGGAAAAGUUCAAAAACAUUAGAAAUGCAGGAAUUGCCCCACCCAGACUUCCUACACAUACCCAUGGCCCCUCCUCCAUAUCUUUCUUUCUGAAGAAUCCAGUUCCUGAUCAAAACUCUUUCCCACCAGCCCCCAAAUGCAAUGCAAUCGCAGGGUCGUAACCAUAUCUUUUUUUUUGUUAAGUUUCUGCUGAGUCAGUGUUUGAAAUGCACUGCUUAAAAACUAUUUCUUUAAAUACACUAAGGGAAAAAGAGAGAGAGAGAGAGAAAUCAAAGUGCAUAAAACGAGAAUAUUUUCAUAAAUCUUUUGCACAUAAUUACUUCAGCCUAGCAGAAAAGGUCAAGUUGACAGUAGGAAAAAAAUAAUAUAAAAUUCAGAAUCAAAUGCAGAGAUGUAAAAGCCAUUUAAUUUAAACGAGAUUCAAGAUAUGGGGAGAAGCAGUGGCCUAGCAUUUAUUUUGCAAUCUGUGUGUCAAUAUACAGGGAAAUAGCUUUUUUUCUCUCUUGGAACGGUGGGACAAUAUUGUCAGUAAGAGCUUUGUCAUGAAGUAGGUUGAAGGACAAUUUGCCUGUAGAAAUAACUGACAUGUUGCUAAGAAGAGGUUUAACAGAGGGUAUUUCUUUUAAUUUUGGCUUUAGAUUUCAAGUAAACGUAAUGUUUUAAAAAUAUUCACAGAUUUAAUACCUAGCAUAUACAUGAUAUAAUAAGCAGCUGAAACACGAGUGAUAUUUACUUCAGUCUUUCUGUCUCCUUGUCAGUCUCUCUUUCUUUUCCUUUUUUUUUUUUUAAAAAAAUCCACUUGAUUAAGGCACUCUGGGAUAGCACUGCAUUGGGGCCACAUGAUCACCAUCAGGAGCGCAACCUUUAACGACCUCUGCCUGCAGCUUUUACUUAACCUUGUAGUUUCUGGACGUUUGUGCAGUAUUGAAAGACAGGGAAAAAAAGAAAACAUGAAAUUAAACAUGGUUAUAACCUGACGCUAAAACUAAAAACAAGGAAAUGUACCUCUUUCUUCAGAAUUAAAACUAAAAUCUUAAAUAAAACAGAAAACUUGAUGACAGCC